AUGAGCGACCCUACUUUAUUUGCUUUGGUCGACUCAACAGUAGUCCCUGCAGUAGCAGGAUCCAACCAUACUUUCACCAACAACAAUGCUACUGCUCCAGCAAACCUUGUCGCAGCAUUAACCUUAGAGGACGACGACGCUCCAGCAGAUGCAGAAGAUGAUGACGACGAUGAUGAAAGCUUGAUGCUUCAUCGCUAUCAUAACCAUCACCAAUAUGUUCACCACCAAUCUCACAGUCAUUCACAAGAUCUUAGCGACACUGAAUCAUACGCGCGACCUUCUACCGAGUCUUUGCUCCUAUCAAUUUCGCCAUACUCGCAACUCUCGCUUCGUCGUCAACGCACAAACUCAUACUCCAACCAUUACCGCCGUAAGCUAGCUUCUCGAGCAGAAUCAUCUUCCUAUGAUACAGACACAGAUUUUGACACAGAUGAUGAGCGCAAACUUCAACAUGACUUGCUAUUACUAAAUAAUAAUUACAAUAAUGACGCUAGCUUUGAUACCAGAUCUUUACAUACAACCCCUCCUUCACCAUCAUCUUAUUCAUUUACAAUCGCUUCUUCUUCUCUAUCCGCUUCUCCAUUAAUGGGACCUUCAGCUUUGGGCCAACAACCGCAGCAUCAGUUACGCACCACUCAAAGUUACCAUCAUAUGCCUCGUACAGCUUCGGGCACUUCACUAAAUCUUUCUUCAGUCCCUCGUAUCCCCCUAACGUACCGUUCUUCAUCUUCUCUUAGCUCGGCAAUGAGUAGCAACUACAGCAGUGGAAGCUACAACAGCUACAGUAGUCAUAAUAGUCACAAUAGUUACAAUAGUUACAAUAGCUACAAUAAUUUUAACAACAAUUUUAAUAGCAACAACAACCUAAACAAUACUGCCAAUGGAACUUUUACCUAUACCAAUAUUUCGACCCGGCCUCGUGUACCUGUAACUUUCCGCUCUUCUUCUUCGCUCAGCAGUUAUACUACAAAUAUCAGUUAUAGCAGUUAUUCCAGUCAUGGUAGUUGCGCAAGCUGUGGAAGCAACGGCAGUUGUGCUAGUCAUGGAAGCUGUGCAAGUCAUGGAAGCUGUGUAAGCCAUGGUAGCUAUGAUAGUAACACAGCUCUUGCACCAUUUCCUUCUCAUCAACGAAUGCCUGUUUCGUUCCGGUCCUCUUCAUCUCUUCGCAGCAACUUUUCGGCAGGUAGUUACUCGGACCCAGAAUCACCGACCCUAGUCAAGGCUAUGCUUGCGCAAACAUCUGGCAAUCCAGUUUACAAUGAUGACGGUGAGUUUAUGAGCAAUGUCUCGCUCCGUUCCGCCUCCCCAACUCAAACUGCAGGCCUCACGCUCACACUGUCACCAAAUUUACUUGUGCCACUGGCUACUUCUGCUGCUUCUGCUGCUUCUGCUGCUUCUGCUGCUUCUGCUGCUUCUGCUGCUUCUGCUGCUUCUGCUGCUUCUGCUGCUUCUGCUGCUUCUGCUGCUUCUGCUACUUCUUCUUCUUCUUCGCAACCUCUAUCCGGAGCCUUCGAUGUCAACAAUAUGAAUUCUUCGUCCAGUGUUGUUGUUGCACCGCGCGAACAAAAAGAAGCCAUUUACACGUCUGGCAAUAACAAAAUCAAGCGUUACUCGUCCAACCCUGAUUUUCUUCUUUUUGGCAGCCCACCGCAGCAUCUGCAUGGUGUUGUUGGUGCUCCCCCCAACACUGCAGACUGUGGUAAUACAGGUGGUAACGGCAGCACUAUUAAAGAUUUUGCUGCAGGCGGCACUAUUGUUGGACCCAAAAGCGACACCAACAACACCAGCACAAGCAGUACAAGUAUGAGCAUGAGAAAUACUAACAGUGGCAUUACUACGGCUGAAGAAAAUUCGUCAGACUACAUUUAUAGUAGUAGCGAUACUGACGGGGAUUACGAAACUGAUGGCAGUGAUAAUAACUUCAGUAUGCGGUUUGAAAUGGCGACGCAGAAACAAUUAGAUCUAGCGGCCCAGAAUUUUCAUCACCACCAUAAUAACCAGCACAUCCAGCAUAAUCAGAAUGUACUAUUAAAUCCAUCAGAUGACGUGACCCUGGCAUCUACUGGAGAUAGCAAAGCUUGCUCCUCGCUACUACGGGAAGAUGGAGAAGAUGAUAAACAACUCCAAGACACAACUGCCGCAUCUAAAGUUCCAUUUGAUAUCGAGGCUAGUGGUACUUGCAACAGACAUGACAGUGAACUACAUCAUUUUCACGGGCCGAAUGUUUCAGGCCCUGAGUCUCAUCAUAAUUCUCGCCACAACCAUAAUCAUCUUCGCCGCAAUUUCCCUCACUCACAUCCUCUUCAUUUAAAAGAUCCUUCUUUUCUGGGCGAUGCUCCUGGCACUCCAUCUGCGGCUUCCAGCUUUCAGUAUUUUUACCCUUAUCCAGCUGUCGCACCAGCCUUGGGAGGCUUAGAAGUUCCUCAACCUAGUUCACCUGUUUCUAUCAAUUCCAUUUUAAACGAAUAUGCUUCUUCGUCUUUUUCAUUAAUGCUUGAUGAAGAUUCCCUUCAUUCUUUUAAUGAGCAACUCGUAUCCCCUCAGCAGCAGCAGCAGCAGCAGCAGCUUCAAUAUCACACUGAUACCGAUUACGACCAUGACGAACAAGAAUUGUUUUUUACUCCUUCACGAUCACGACCGGCUUCGGCAGCUAGUAAUUUGCCGUUAAUAGGACAAGGGUCCAGCUAUGUUGCCGAUGCUACUACUACUACUACUACUACUACUACUACUACAUCUAAUACCGAGCAAGGGCUAGGGCUGGGACUUGUUUCAGGGCUAGAGCCUAAAUUUACGAAUCUGGAACCACUACAACAGCAGCAGCCACAGCAGCAGCAGCCUAUGAGGGCGGGAGUACGUCUUAUUCCUAGUGAUGAUUCGUUUUUCAACAAUGGUAACAACUACAACAGCAGUGGCAGUGGAAGCAGCAGUUUUACUGGUAGCAUUCGUGGAAGCCUUAACCGAAGCUUAAGUGGAAGCCUAAGUGGAAGUUUUACUGGCAGUCUUAACGGAAGCCGCCGGAGUCGACGCAACAUGCGAAGUCCCUUCAGUGGUGGGGGGUUUAGUGGAAGCAGCAAUAACAGCAGCAGCAGUAACUUUACGGACCACGAAGCUGAUGGCGAAGCCGAAACAGAUGCCAGUUUUACCGACGACAGUUUUACUGAUGAUGGUCUUGUUAGUUUUAUGGGGUCUGGAUCUGGAUCCGGGUCUUCGCGAGCCUUUACAGUUUUUAGUGAUGGCUAUGAGGCGUUUGAAAAUUUUGAAGAUGAGCAACCACUCCAGCAAUUUGACCAUCAACCAGAACUACUUGAGCAGAAUUUGAAAGAGACAGAAGCAAGAGAAGAAGAAAAUGAAGAAGAGGAAGACUUUGAUGACGAUAUGAGCAGCGUUGUUAGACCUGAGUCUAAGAUGGAGUACUAUGAUGCUUGCCAAUCUGCAUCUGAGACAUCAGAUGAGGAAUUUGACACUUUGGUACAACAACGUCAGCAGCAGCAGCAGCAGCAAGAACAAGAACAAGAGCAGUUACAACUUCAAAUGCUUCAAGACUUUGAACUUCAGCUUCAACAACAAAAUUUACAACACCGAGACUCGACGAUUUCUGCCAGAACCCAUUACUACUCUGUUUCUGAUGUUCCAACUGAUAUGCUUCCUCAACAGCUUUCUCCUGUUCCUAGGAUUUCUCAUGCAGAAACUUCUUUUGACGAGGAGGACGCGACUGUGACAGUUCUUGGUUUGCAACAGCCCAUGUUGCAGCAGCAGCAGCAGCAGCAGCAACAGCAUUUUAGCGGCACUGUUAACGAGGCUCGUGGGUUAGGGGGUUCUUCUAGUUAUGGUUUAGCGACAGCUAGUACACCUGAAGUUAGUAAAGUUGUUAUGGAAACACCCGCAGAAACAGCCUCUUCACGCCAAAAAGACGCGUUUAAUCUUUCGACGCGUCUAAAAGAAAGUUUUGGUCACCUAGGCAGUGGGGCCCAUAAUAGUCUGCCAGUGACACUUAUUGAUCAACAACAACAACUACCUCAACUAGUAGUAGCAGUACAACAACAACAACAACAACAAAAACAACAACACCACCAACCAGUACAAAAACAAACCCCUGAAACGUCGUUGCACCAAGACCAAUUUUCUAAAAACUCUUUUUCUUCUACCACCAUCAAUCCCACGGGCCAUUUGGAAAACUUGAUCCAGCAGAAACAAGAGCUUCUUUAUCAAGUUCCAUCAUCAUCGUCUUCCUUUUCUUCAUUGUCAUCACUAGCCUCGCUUCAUUCUGCACAAUCCAGACCAGAAAGUAUCUCCAGCCCUAGAGUCUCUCAACAGGAAUCUCCCGUCAAAAACAAUAAACUUCAUUGCAAGAGCUCGGGUCUCCUCAAGUCUCAGCUAAAUAAACCCCUUCCACCGCUCCCGCCUGCUGUCUCAUCAAAUACCCCGGCACCAGCAGCAGCCCCCAACACGGUCGUCGGGAAUCUCUCUAGACGUUCCUCCGCUGCUUCACUUGUGCCAUCUGUCUCUGCCUUCUCUACUGCUUCUUCAUCGGAAUCACUGCCGUCGACUUCAUCGUCCUCAUCUUCGCUUAAUUCAUCACCUUUUUUAUCCUCAUCCCGCCUUUCUUCCUUAGCGUCUACUCCUCCUUCAUUGUCUCCAGCUCUGCGUAAUAGUGAUUCCCAGCUUUACAUCCGCACUCGUACUCGCACCCGCAACCGUACUCGCACCCACCGUCAUCGUACUCGAUCAACCCGGACGUUUACGCCGCCAUCAUCAUCUCAUCACGGCAUUGUUAUUCGUGCGUCAACUCCUUCUGCUCUUUCGCCACGUUUAAAAUCAUUCGACGGUUCUUACCAGCGUCUCUCUGCAGCACACAAAAAGCGUAAACGCAGAGUUUCUUCUAUUCUUGCGUCUCGCACUGCCGCACAACACUCACACCUGCACUCGUUUUCAGCACCGUCUCUUGGUUCUACAGUCUUUUUUUCUUCUCCUUCCUUUUCUUCUUUCUCAUUGCCUUCAACUGCGGCAACGUCAAAUAAUUCUGCUAGCACUAGUACUAGCACUAGCACUAGCACUAGCACCACCACCACCACUCGUGUACCAAGGAAGAAAAAUUCAGUCACUUUUAAUACUCAGCCGCAAGUUACUCUUGCGAAAAAUUUGACCUACAAUACAAACUCAACAUCCAUGUCUCCUCUACAAGGAAAUGCCGACGCUGGGUCUCUUCAUCACAGAAAACAUUCUGGUGCAAGUUCAGACAUUCACCGGCCCCAUUUUCUGCGCCGGCUUUUUGGUGGCGGGUCUAAUUCAUCGCUUUCACGGGGGUCUUCUGCAUCCAAACAUAAGACUAUCCCGCGAAUGGCUUCGUCUUCGGCCUCGUCCAUAGUUUCCUCUUCUUCUUUAGCGGCUUCAUCUGCAACCUUGAAUCAGACUAAGCGAGCUUUUUCGUCGUCGUCGACGUCAACUUCAUCAUCUAGCUUUAGCACAUCUCCAUCCACUAGUCCUAUUCUUAAUCAUCUUGCAUUAGAUAUUAGACCCGUAUCGCCGCUAUUUCCUUCUCGUCAUAAAGAUAUUUUGGGUCUAAGCAACUUUGAGUCUCUGGAAAGUUCAUCGCUAGAUUUAAACGACACCCCAUCUUCUUCUUCGCCUGCUCAAGAGUUUUCCACUCCUCCUUCUUCUUCUCCAUCUUCCACUUCUCACUUUUCUACAACUACUCCGAGACCAGUGUCUUCUCUUUUCAUUACACCUGCUUCGGGCACUUCUCUUUUGGCUGCUCAUCCAACGACAUCUGUCUCGCUUGUUUCUACAACAGCAACAUCUACAGAAUUCCUUCCAGCCAUUACUCACUCAGACUCACCGCUUUAUGAGCCUGCAGCUUCUAGCGACGCCCCAACACCAAGAGCAAGCCGAAGUCGCAGCAGUAGCCAACAGCUUUCUGCAAUUCUUUUUUCUGCUACCGCCACUGGUCCUUUAAGCGUGCGAUCCUCUCAGCACUCUCCUUCCCCCUCACUGGCCCAAGGGACCUUUACUUCUACUACUCCAGUUUUGCAACCACAGCAGUAUUCACUGGCCCCACCUUUUCAGUCUUCGUCAUUAUCGGCCCCUUUGACGAAUUCUCAAUCUGAUAUGGGGUCAAGUGGUGAGAAUAAAAAUAACAAUAAUAACAGUAGCAGUGACAGCUCCACCCAAGAUCUGCAGAUGCGUACUACUUCGCUUUCGGGUCAUAAUAAUAAUAUGGCAGAUGCAGUCAUCCAUAAAGGUGCAUUUUCGGGACUAAACUCUCCUAUUUUGGCAAAUCCCUUAUUGGCGACUUUCGAAUCCUCUUCACCACUGCAGCAGCAACAACAAAAAAUUAAUAACCACAGUGUUUCUACUGCUGUUGCUACUGCUGCUACUUCUGCCACUACUAAUACUACUACAUUGGCUAACACUAAUAGUGCUAUCUCGGCUACUGUCACUUCCCCUGAAACGCUUCCAACUCCCACUUCUCCUAAACCUUCUGAACUCGCUGCCGUAUCUUCUUUCCCCCUAAUGCAAGAUGCUAAUAACCUUACCCUCAAGGCCCAGCCCCUGCCUAUUUCAUCUAGCUCGUCUCAGCGCCAAACUAUAGUUAUAGUUGGAAAAUCCUCGCCUUCUUCGCCUACUUCUAUUCACGAAGGCCACUCUACUACACCUCCUUCUUCUCGACAUUAUCUCUCUGAACAAUCUCCAAUGACUGAAACAUUUGAGGACUGUGCUGAUGAAACUAUUCAAGAAAUUCAUUCUUCAAAGGAUGUUGAACAAGUAUCGUCGGCUCCUCAAUCCCCUCUAAAGCAGCAGCCACCAUCACCACAACAACAACUGCCCCUGGAAGAAAACCCUCAUGCCCUGGCUCUUGAGUUCUUCAACGGUGCUCAUCCUUAUCUCACAGCCGAAAAUUAUGCCAGCUGGAUGGGUGACGAUGGAACUCUUCGCGAGGCCACACGCACUGCUUAUAUGGAUCUCUUCAACUGGACUGGCAAGUCCAUUCUUGGUGCCCUGCGCGAUCUUUGUGAUAAGAUUUAUAUGAAGGGCGAGUCUCAACAACUCAACCGCAUCGUGGAAUCUUUUUCUUCUGCUUGGAUCAAGUUUAAUCCUAACCAUGGCUUUGCAGACUUUAACGUAGUCUACACUAUUGCCUACUCGCUGUUGCUACUUAAUACAGACCUUUAUGCUCUUGACCACUCUACCUCGAAGAAAAUUUCAAAGUCUAAAUUUGUCCUUAAUACCAUGGACACAAUCAAGACCCUGACAAUAGAAGAACCCACCCAAACCUCUGCUGCUCCAACAACUUUGAUAAGUCAAAGCCCCACAUCGCCUGCCCCUACACAAUCUUCUAUCACGAGCAAAUCCACGCUCUCAACUGAUGCUAGCAUUACCACGCUCCACAAUGGUGCUGCUUCUCCAGCCGCCCUUACUGCCCACCCCAUCACAACAACACCCACAAAUAUGUCCAUUGCAUCUAACUCUUCUACAUCUUCCAACCAUGUUCCUCUGCUCCCGCCGCCACCACCUCUCCAGCAACCUCGUAAGGCCGCAUCUUUUUCGCACUCGUCGACUACUCUUGUGAGUCCCUCGUCGACGUCUUCCUCCUCCUCUUCUAAGGAAGACACAACAGCACUUGUCAACGAGUGCCCGUUCCGAUUGUUCUCCAAGGAGUGGUGCCAGCAGCUUGAAACUGUUCUCAAGGUGUUUUAUUCCUCGGUAGCUAAAGAUCCCUUGGAGCUGUAUCGUGCUGAAGAAAUUGAGCGUCAGAAACGUACAAGCCAUUUGGUCAGCAUGUCCUCGCGUGCAUCAUUUUCUAUUGGAACGGCAGGAACGUCACUUUCGCAUCCCUAUGCACCAGGGCUUGCGCCAUCAAUUUCUGUCUCUCCAUCGGUUUUGCGCCAACAGCCAUCGUGCAAUGGCAGUCUCAUAGCAAGUACCAAUUCUGGUGGGUCGAGUUUAAAUAUCGGAGCAUCAAACAGCAAUAAUAGCAGUCCUGCAUCUAACUCGUCUUCAUCCACAGCUAGCUCUCUGUUUGGUCGCUUUUCUAGUCGAUUGCGACCAGGCCGUAGCCAUGGUGCGUUUUCUACUUCGUCGCUGGAAAAUAACUCAAACCAAAGCCGUAUUGAAUUUAAUACUGGUUUAUCCGGCAGUAGCAGCGGUAACAGCUACCGCAGCGAGUCGCUGACCCAUCGAGACUCGCUUGGAUCGUUGCUGUCGCUGGAGUCAUCUAUGACUGGAACCUAUGGGCUGCAUCGCAAUGCAGUCGGGUUUACUGGCUUGCUCAUGUCGUCGAUUCAGCAUGAUGAAGACAACCAGAUGCUUCAGCAGGUUGAUUCCUCAUCUUCCAGUUCCUUUGGCGAUUUACUGAAACUAGAAGAAGAUCUUGCCAAAGAAGUGGAACUCGAGUUGCAAGGUCCUCCAUGGACCAAGGAAGGUCUUCUCAAAUACAGACCUUAUAUUGAUCCCAUCAGUGGCAAGAAGAGCAAGAAAAGCGACUGGUUACAAGUAUUUGUUGUUGUCCAGCGUGGUCAAAUCAAGAUUUUCAAUUUUCAAAAGGCUUCAUCAUCAUCUUCUUCUUCUGGCGAGAAUGUGGGAGCAGGCAACUGGAUGGAAAAGGCAAACAUUGUUGAUGGAUUCCAUCUGUGUCAUACAAUGGCCCAGGAACUUCCAACAACUACAAAGCGGUCGCGCGGGUACGCUGCCCUGUGGUCCCUUACACUACCACAAAAGGGCGUGCUGGUGUUCCAGGCUGGUACCAAGGACAUUGCACGCGAAUACGUCUAUACAUGCAACUACUGGGCUGCGCGUCUUUCCAAGGAGCCCUUUGAAGAGCCAGUCUCGUCCAUGGACUAUGGCUGGUCCUCGGCCCUUCUCCAAGAACUCGAUACCACUCAUGCUUCCUCCUCAAUUAUUGCACCAAUUCAUUCUACCUCUUCAUCUUCGUCUUCUCGCUUCAAGGCUGCCUCCUCGCUAUCAUUGCACAAUCAUCACGUUUACCCCGGCGACAAACUCACUGGGAUUCGCGAAUGGCGUCCUACAUCACAAAGCCUUGUUGUGGCCGAUGUUAACGAGCCUCUCCAACUUGAAAAUUUGCGCUUGUACGUGACCCGUGUUGAAGGUGAGUUGGCUUCUCACAACUCUCUCCGCAGCAAGAUUGUUGUCGCGUACUCUCCCCGUGGUUCAAACACUGCUCGCGUCAUGGCCAAUUGGGAUCGCAAAGCCCAGUACCUUUUACAGCAACUGGUUCGCCACAAGGUCUACGUUGACUGCCUGGAGCGUGCUUCUGCUGACAAACGGGCUGCUGAGAAAGCUCAUUUGGAGCGUCGUCAGGCUCGCGGAGAUUCUUCCUAA